GUUGCUGGGCACGGGAUCCGCACAGCGAGUCAGAGCCGAGCGGCUGCAACUGAACGGAGUCCAGAGGCGCUUCCUGCAGCAGCCCGGGCGGCCGGAGCUCAGCGCCUCCCGAGAGCCCCAGCUGCAACUUGUGAGCCGGCGGCCGCCGCCGCUCUUGCCUGUGGAGAGGCGCCGCCUCCAGCUCUUCGAAAAGUUGCCUCGGCUGCCGGACGGGUCAGCCAGCCCAGUAGCACCAGAAGGUUGCUGAAGCAGGAAUCUUGAUUGAUGCAUGCUUACCUCAACCUGACUUCUGGAAAAGAACCAGUAUUGCGCUGAAAGCCUGUCACCAGGAAACACUCAGGACAAGCUUGGCCAAUAAAAGAUAUAUGAAGUGCACCGCUCAUUAGAGGUCAGAAAAGAAAUUGUGCUUGAAGCCUCAAGAGCUAUAUAGGAAUAAUUGGAUCGAGUAGCCGUGGAGACCAUGGAGGGGGAUUGUCUGAGCUGCAUGAAGUACCUGAUGUUUGUUUUCAAUUUCUUCAUAUUUCUGGGAGGGGCCUGCCUGCUGGGCGUUGGGAUCUGGGUCAUUGUGGAUCCUACAGGAUUUCGAGAGAUUGUGGCUGCCAAUCCUCUGCUCUUCACGGGGGCGUACAUCAUGCUGGCCAUGGGAGCAAUGCUCUUCCUGCUGGGCUUUCUCGGCUGCUGUGGUGCUGUCCGUGAGAACAAAUGCCUCCUGCUUUUUUUCUUCAUGUUUAUUUUGUUAAUCUUCCUGGCAGAGCUCUCAGCUGCAAUCCUGGCUUUUAUCUUCAGAGAAAAUCUGACAAGAGAAUUCUUCACCAAGGAGCUAAAGAAGCACUAUCGGGGGAACAAUGAGACCGAUGUCUUCUCUUCCACCUGGAACUCGGUUAUGAUCACAUUUGGCUGCUGUGGAGUGAAUGGGCCGGAGGAUUUUGAAAAAACUCCUCAUUUCCGACUCCUCCAUUCAGAUGAUGUGGUCCCAGAAGCUUGUUGCCAGCGAGAGCUCCAGAGCCGGGAUGGGGCAUUUGUCAGCAAGGAGGACUGCCUCAUGGGGAGAGACAUGUACCAGAACCGACAGGGCUGUUACACUGUGAUCCUGAACUCCUUCGAGACCUAUGUGUACCUUGCAGGAGCUCUCGCCAUUGGCGUCUUGGCCAUUGAGCUGUUUGCCAUGAUCUUUGCAAUGUGUCUCUUUCGAGGGAUCCAGUAGGAGGUGCCCCCUGAGCAACUGCGAUGCUCCUAUGUACUUGGAAGAAAGACCGAAAAAAAGAGGGGGAAAAAAACUUUAUUUUUUUUAGCAAAAUGGAAACAAAAAGGGGUUGUAAUAUAUGAAUGACCAAAUGGAUUGUACUUCAGGGGCGGGAACUUUGAGGUGCUGUGCACUACGCUACGCCACACCGACCUUCUCCCAGAGCAACCUGCACAGAUAUUGAUCAGGAGCAAAGUGCAAUGAGUUGCACUAGAGACUGACGGAGCCUGCAGGGUGGGUGGGAGGGAAGGCAACUGAAAUGGUCCCCAUCAGAGCAGGACACUGCCUAGUAUAUUCACAAUUGUAUUGUUUUAGAUAGCGAAGAACUGUAUAAUGGAACACAGGGGCUCGAUUCAGUACCCAAAGGAAGCAGGUCAACCACAGCACAUGGGGGUAAAGGUCAGGCAAGUUUCAAACGACCAAACAAAAAGGGCUUUUGAUACACAGAAAACUGUGGCAGCCAUUGUUUACUAAUUUCCAUUUCUGGUCUAAAGUUUUAACUGCCAGCCAGGAAAUGGAAGCGCAUGUUCAGUAGAGGAGGGUCAACUACCAUCACUUAACACCUCCAGGAGAACCCUUGGACUACGUGGAGUGGGGCAUGCCUUUCCCUGGAGUCCCACCAAAGGGGAUGUGACCCUGUGGGAAAUGAGGAAGAUCCUCCUCUAAUGGGGGCUGGCAGAGGGCUGAGAUGCAAUCAAAAAUUUGGUGCAUACCUUUCCUUAUUUACUCUGUCACUUUGGUUUUCUGUUCAGUGUUUUACUGGAGGAGAGCAAGGGGUUCCUGAAUCCUGAUCUUACCCCUCUCCUUUAAAAAUGAUUGGUCUGGCCAAGAAUAGCUGACGCUGCCAGCCUCAUGGCAAGGGCAUAUUGUUUUGUCUUCUAAAUCUUGGCCACUCAACUCCGACAUGCAAAAUUGUAGUUUGUACUUUUUGUAAUGCUCUGUUAGCUUAAUUAUCUGCACUGGGUUCCAAUGUUCCUUCCAGCCAGGUGGGGAAUUCCCAAACAUGGUACUGGUAGCAAAGGGGCCCAUUUGUAGUUGUCUCCCACACUAUUUCCUUUGUGAGUCUUGUGGCUUCAUUUAUGAUCUGAGAGUUUCCCUUUAGCUUGUCCCAAGGGGCUGAGAAGAGAGUGGAAUCAACUAAAGUCAUUUUAACAUAGCCGUCUGGAUUAUUAAGGUUUCCUCCAUGGAGAUGCCACUUUGACAUUUAAAUAGUGUCAUCCAUUUAAUCAUGUAAAACCAAACCUGAGAAAAAUACAUAAGGACCUUGAUGGAGGGUUACGAAGGAUAGAACUGAGGCUCCAAGACAAGGUGGAGCAUUUACAGUGAUAGAAGUGGGCCCAUGUCCUCGGGGAUUUCCUAGGAGGGACCAUGCAGAUACGUGUGACUACGUAGGUCAUGGUGAAGCCUACCAGGUCUGCCUACUAGAUGGCAAAGGACCUUGACUUAAUACCCACCAGGGUGAAAAGUUAGGCUGCUGAAGGAUGAGAACAGGACAUUAGAACCUCACAUACAGCGUUUCUGAGGACAUGUGGAAAUCGCUUGGAGACAGGAGUCUAAUCAUCAGAGAAAUCUGGGCAUGGACAUGAAGAAAAUCUGUCCCCACCCACAAAUGAAGUCAGCAGUGGAUAAAUGUUGGAAUUGCAGCCAUGGCUGUUGAACAGUGAAAGGCCUCAGAUGCUUUUAUUGAAAGGGCUUAUAGGUAAUUACCCCUAGGAACAGUUUUAAUGAUGCAUUUGAGAGUUAAAUUCUGCUCCUUUGUACAAUGAAGAAGGAAAGUGGCUUUGCUAGCAAAACUGGCAGUAUCUGCAUCUGCUGGAAGUCUCUCUUAAUUUGUUCCUAAAACUUAAAAAAAAAAAAAAAAAAAAAAAAAAGUUGGCUGCACUUAAUGGUCUAGCAUGCAAGGAGUUUUUCUGAAUGGUCAACCCACCAUGAGAAGUGUGUGCAUGGGGGGAACUGAGCCAGAACAUUGUGCUAAUCCACUAAGAUGGGGACAGACCCAAUAAUUGAUAUUCCUCUCUAGAUACAGGCAGAUGAAGAGAAAAGGCUGUGGGACCCUGCACCAAGAGAGAGUCAGUGUGCACACUGGAGAGAGAGAUUCCCAAGGGAGGAAAAAAACUAAAAAGAACACAGUUGUUAAGGUGUGGGGGGAAGGGAAGUAAGUAGUAGCCAAAACAACCACCCAUUACUCUGCUUAUAAUAGCCAGAGUCUGUAGCUGGCAAUAGAACCUGAGUAGCUAACAUCCAAAACACUAUAAACAGCAGGAAAGUUUGUUCUUGUCAGUUGGUGCCUAACAUGUGGCAGCUAGAAUUCUUGGUGUCUGGAGGAGCAACCCAUCUCCUUUGCUUUCGGAGUCCUCCCUUCUUCCCCUUAAUUCUUGCUCUAUUGAGAAAGGUUCCCUUUGUCCCAAAUUGGGUCUUGAAAUUUAGCAGAUGGAGCUGGCCUGGAGUUGUGUGAUUGAAACAAAAACCACAGCUCUCUGCUUACAGCACAAAGAAUAUGAUUCAAACCUGGAAAGGACAUUCUCUGGGUGUGCCUUUUCCAGAGUGGAGUCUGUCAGCAUGUGGAGGAACAGGGAUAAUACAAUAGCAAAUACUAAAUGUUGCUUUUCCAGGCUUAUUCCCCUUUGGUUUUCCCAUUUAUCAUUUUUUCAUCUUCCUUCCUUCCUUUUUUUUUUUUUUUUUAAAUUAAAUUCCCUCCAUUCUUUUCCUCUGUAAUGGUUGUUCUCUCUCCUUCCCCCAUUUAUUUAUUCUCUUAGCUUUCUCCUCUUCAUUUGUGUCCCUUUCUCUCUCAGAUAAAAGAACUUUUCUUUUUUCCAUCUUGUCUUCUCACUCUCUCUAAUCUCACCCACAUGUCCCUCUUGUCUCUUCUCCUUUGUUUCCCUUUUUCUGUCCCCCCUGCCCCUGUUGUGCAGUUGUCAUCUCCCCUUAGGCAACAGGGGAUGGAUCACUUGAUGAUUACCUGUUCUGUUCAUUCCCUCCGAAGCACCUGACACUGGCCACUGUCAGAAGACAGGAUAGUAGGCUAGGGGGACUGUUGGUCUGACCCAGUAUGGCCAUUCUUAUGUUCUUGCUGAAAUCUUCAUAUCCUCUCUUUAAAGGGCUAGAAUCACAGGAAUGUAGGACUAGAAGGGACCUCAAGAGGUUAUCUAGUCCAGUCCCCUGCACUCAUGGCAGGACUAAGUAUUAUCUAGGUCAUCCCUGACAGGUGUUUGUCUAACCUUUUCUUAAAAAUCUCCAAUGGCAGAGAUUCCACAACCUCCCCAGGUCAUUUGUUCCAGUGCUUAACCACCCUGACAGGAAGUUUUUCCUAAUAUCUAACCUAAAUCGCCCUCACUGCAAUUUAAGACCAUUACUUUUUGUCCUUCAUCGUCCUUUUUAUAACAACUUUUUACAAACUUGAAGACUGUCUCCCCUCAGUUUCUCUUUUUCAGAUUAAACAAAUCCUAUUUUUUUCAAUCUUUCCUUGUAGGUCAUGUUUUCUAGAACUCUAAUUAUUUUUGUUGCUCUCCUCUGGACUUUCUCCAAUUUGUCCACAUUUCCUGAAGGGUGGUGCCCUGAACUGGACACACUACUUCAGAAGAGGCCCUAUCAGUGCUCAGUAGAGGCUUACCUCUCAUGUCUGGCUUACAAUGCUCUUCCUAAUGCAUCCCAGAAUGAUGUUUGCUUUUUUGCAAUACCAUUACAGUGUUUGCUCAUAUUUAGUUUGUGAUCCACUAUAACCCCCAGACCCUUUUCUACAGUACUCCUUCUUAAGCAGUCAUUUUGUAUUUGUGCAACUGAUUAAUCCUUAAGUAUAGUACUUUGCAUUUGUUCUUAUUGAAUUUCAUCCUAUUUACUUCAGAGUAUUUCUCCAGUUUAAGAUCAUUUUGAAUUCUCAUCCUGUCCUGAGACACCCUCGAGAAACCAGGAAGCAGCACCCUCCAAUAAAGAAAUGGAGAGGGGACUGUUAAGAGAUGCACAAACCCCUCAUGCAGGUUCCAACCAUCUUGGAUCAUCUGAAAUGCUGGGGAUUGAGUCAAGGGGAAAGGUGAGGAAUUUCCUCCAUGGAAUUUUAAUGAACAGGAGACUCCAGAAUGGGGAAUCCUUUGUUACUGUGAGACACACAAGUUUUGUUUUUUGAUCACCAUGAUGUGUCACUGCCUUUGUCUGUCUCAUGCUGUAUAAUCAACAAUGCUGGGUCUUGUUCUUCCCAGAGCUCUAGGUAGAGGAACAAUUUUUUUCCCUUUUGAGUUUCUGCUGCAUUCUUUUGGGGGCAGGGUGUUGAGGUAUAAUCGCUCCUCACUUGAGAGCUCUGUGUAGGAAAGCGACCUAUACGGAGUCACCACAGUGUUAGCCCCUAUGCUGUAGAACGAAGCCCAGAGCCCAUGCACCUUUCAUGUAAUUAUCUAGAGCAGUUUGUUUCUGUAAGUCCACCCCCUCCCUGUCUGUUAUUUAACUCUAAAAUUACUGUUGCGAGUGCCUGGGAAACAGCCUGCGUGUGAAAGAACAUUGAAAUCUAUUUUAAAAAUUGUAAAUGUUCCUUUUAUUAGAUAGUGGAGCUAAUUUAUCCUCUAUUGCCUAUUGUAAUGCUUUUUAUAUUGAAAGGAUUUUUUGUAAUAUAAACCAGAACACGAGCCUGAAGCAUUCUGCACAAUUUGUGUGCAUUUCUUAAAAAAAUAAAAAUAAAUAAAGGUAUUGUGACAGUGCAGUGGGACAUCUUUAAUUUUCACUAUUCACAUGAUUGGUUUUUUUUAUGUUAAGUACAGUCACUUUCUUACCAAAGGAGGAAUAAACUCAGCUAAGAUGAGGUAUAAACUGAAUCCAAAAAACCUAAGAGACAGGAAAGGCCGGCUGGCUCAGGGCGUAGCUGUGGGACUAGUGAGCCUUUCUCCUCUCCAGUGCCAGCACCGGCUUGCCUUGAGGUCAGGAAGGGUUGAGCCAGGAAGUGCAGGGACCUGCUUGAAUUUUUAGCUUAAGUUUAGGGCUGUAAGAAUCCAAGGAUUUGGUUCCACCCAUUGCAGACACAGGAACCCACUAUGUAAAUGCAGGUUUGUCUUUGUUCAGAACUCAGUCACCUGGAGAAGACUUCUCAGCUGUGCAGAGGACUGCACAAACACCUUGCAAUGCUGCCCCUCUCUCCCUCAGGAUAAGUGAGGUUUAUUACCCUCAUUUCAAAGAUGGGGAAACUGAUGCCUGGGAGGUGAAGUGACUUGGCCAUGGGCAUCUAGCUAGUCAGUGGCAGAGACAGUGUUAAAGCCUGAGAAUUUUUGCCUCCUAACUGUGUUUUUGGCUGCUAGCCUAGGCUGCCAUUUAGCAGUUGUCCUUGUGCUUCUAGGCACAGUCCCUGUGAAAUUUCAGCAAGGUGCUGUCCUGUACCUGCUGCCUAACCUACCUUUAUAGAGUGGAAGAAACCAUCCAGCAGUGACUAAUAUGUGGUUCAUCUCUGCUGGAGGAUUUAAUUCUAUAAUACAAUUAUAAACUCCCCCAGUCAAGCCAAAACUGAGGCAGCAACCCCCUGCUAGCUGUAAGCUUCUGACAGUGCUGGAUGGUAUUGCCUAGGUCCUUCCCUUAGGGAUACCCACAGUGCUCCAGCCCUGAUCCUGAAAAUCCCUCUCACUGUCCCUUGUAGGGUCAGCCAUUCCGCACUGUUACUCAUCACUAAUGGUAGAGUGCACCUGUCAGCUGCUAACUAGCAAUUGCCAGGGAGGAUUGCACAUUCCUUCUCAGACAAGGUACAUCUCUCUCUGCAUUAGAGCUGAAAAGUGUAAAUUCCAGUCCCAUGAGACAGCCCCACUGCAGCUCAAAGAGAGAUUUGAUCAUGCCACUCCAACUGGAAGUGCAGCUACAGCAGACUUAGCUAACUUCCAAAUCCAGUGUAGACAUACCCAGAUGGUCAUCCUGUCUCUGUAUGCAUCAACCCUGGGCCCAUGUUCCAUAUGCUCUCACUCCACAUCACAUUUGCAAAUUUAGUGUGCUACAGACUUCCCUCUACCCACCCCCACUCAUCCAUCCCUGCCCCAGUCCCAAUGGCACCAAUAGCACUUUGUUACAUGAAGGGGGAGGGGGGGGGGGAGAGAAGAAGAGCAAUGAGAAUUGCAGAGUAAGUUGAGUUUAUGCUCCAUUUGAUCUGUCUCUUCCUGAGAGCAGGCCUUUCUAUUGAUUAGCAUUGAAUUGCCCCUUAUGGCCAGUACCCCUCUGCUCUCUCCACAUCACUUAGGCUGGAGGGGGCAACAAACACCAGAGAGCAGAAUCAGUGUGUCAGCUACCCAUUUGGUCAAACACUUGAAAUUAUAGCAGCAAAAAAAAUUGACACUCCCAUGCAGCAACAAGGGAGAGGGGCUGGGGCUUCCAGGGAAGUUUAGGUGCUUUAAAACCCCUUUGGAAAUCCUGAAAUCAACCUAAACUAGAUUGCAACCAAACUUGAGCAAUGUCUGCUGGCUGGUUCACUGCCAUGGCAGAUGCAGAGGUGGGGCCUUCUGACAGUGGUUCAUAGCUAAAGCCUAUUCAGCUAUGCUGCAUUGAUUAAUACAAAUUGAGCCCUGAUAGCCAGUGGUGUAUGCUGGGGGCACCAUUUUUCUACCCAUCCCCCCCCCC